UUACAUGCUAAUUGCUAUUCUACUCGAUUGUUGUGCCUUAGCACCGGUUAGCACUGCGCUCGAUGACGUCACCUCCCCUGCGCGAGUAUGCGCAGCUGUGAACACGCAGUGAUACAGUAAAUGGUUUUAUUUUUUUAUUACAGGAUGUAUUGAACAGCUGCAGCCGGCAAUUCCGAUCACUGAGAGAACAGAAAACAUGGACAAAGGGAACCAUGGUAUUUCUCAAUUUGAUCAAUUUCUGUCAAGUCAAGAAUCAUCUGUGGUGAACAAGUUCCGGCAGAAAUACUGGAAAACCAAGCAAACUUUAAUCAAAGUCACUGGAAAGAAGGAGGAUGAACAUGUCGUUGCAUCAGACGCGGAUCUGGACGCUAAACUUGAGGUGUUUCAUUCGGUACAAAGAACGUGCAUGGAGCUCCUGAAGGUGAUUGAACAAUAUCAAAGAAGGAUUACAUUUUUAUCACAGGAGGAGAAUGAACUGGGUCGGUUCUUGCGCUCACAAGGCUCUCAGGACAAAAGUCGAGCUGGAAAGAUCAUGCAGGCUACUGGAAAAGCUCUCUGCUUCUCUUCACAGCAAAGACUGGCAUUACGGGGUCCGUUGAGUCGUCUGUACCAGGAAGUGGAAACCUUCCGUUACCGGGCGAUCUCUGACACGUGGCUGACAGUGAACCGCAUGGAGCAGUCACGGACAGAGUACAGAGGAGCUCUGCUCUGGAUGAAGGACGUCUCUCAGGAACUGGACCCUGACACACACAAGCAGAUGGAAAAAUUUCGUAAGGUUCAAACUCAGGUGCGUCUCACCAAGACAAGUUUUGACAAACUGAAGAAUGAUGUGUGUCAGAAAGUCGAGCUGCUCGGAGCCAGUCGCUGCAAUCUGCUCUCGCACGUCCUGACAACCUAUCAGACCACAUUAUUACAUUUUUGGGAGAAGACGUCUCACACUAUGGCUGCUAUUCACGAGAGCUUCAAAGGCUGUCAUGACAUUUCAACACUGGUGGGCUCAGAUCAGGGCACAAAGAAAAAGCUGAAGAAGAAAACGAAGCCGAAGGCAGAAGAUGAGGAGACGAGACAGAGUACAGAUGAGAUGCUCAUUUCAAUCGAAGAAGAAAAUCACAGCAGGAUAUAUACACAAACAGGAGAGGACGAGUGUUUCUCGUCCAGUCAGGAGAAGGAUGUGUUGAGUCUGUUGAAUGAGAUUCUGGGCAGCAGUUCUCUGGAGGAGGGGGGUUUCUCACAGGAGUGGCAGGAGGUGUUCGGUGAAAAUGAGCCGGCCAGUAAUAACAGAGCCGAGGUCCAGCCGGAGGAGGAGUCAGCGUUCUUUCUGCCUUCUAAACUACUCGACCAGAACAUGGUCUCAGGUUGGCCAACAGCCGUUCCACAGAAUCCAUCUGAAAACACGGCUGGCCAGAUCUCUUCCAGACCUACAGCACGAGAUCAAAGCUCAAAAGAUCUCUCCGCUUGGUUCAACCUGUUUGCUGAUCUGGAUCCGCUGUCGAACCCAGAUGCGAUUGGUCGAACAGAUGAGGAACGGGAGCUGCUUAAUGCGUAAUCAUCUGUUACAGAUGCUCGUGUCAUAUGGACCACAAAACCAGUCAAAAGUAGCACAGGAACAUUUGUAGCAAUAGCCAACAAUACAUUGUAUGGGUCAAAAUGAUCGAUUUUUCUUUUAUACGACAUUUAGUAAAGUUCAUGUUCCAUGAAGAUAUUUUGUCAUUUUUGUGAGUGGAUGCAGCAAAAUCGCAAACAAAAUGGCCAGAAACGCGCCUACGAACUUCACUCGCUGCUGCCAGCUCUUUGGGAAUUACCCACUCACGUUUGGUAUCUCUGUAAAGCGAAGAAUUUCAGGUUCAUUUACUCUCCACAACGUCAUUACAGCGGUUAGCCAAUAGAGAGCGUUAAAACCAACCUGUUUCUUCUUAGCAACGGCCUGCUACAGCGCCUCUGAUGGACAACUUUAAAGACCAUUUUCUCAAUAUUUCGAUUUUUUGCACCAUCAGAUUCCAGAUUUUCAAACAGUUCUAACACUCGGCCAAACCAUACAUCAAUGGAAAGCUUAUUUAUUCAGAUGUGUAAAUCUCAAUUUCAAGAAAUUGACCCACAAGGUUUUGUGGUCCAGGGUCACCUAUAUACAACACUGCACAUGUGUAAGAGACCUACAAAUGCCUGUAUUAGACUUGUAUCAGACAUGACUUUUUUAUAUUAUCGAUGAACCUAUUUCAUGAAAAUCAUUUUUGCUGCCAAAGUACUUCAACAAUAUUUGCUCUGCCUUGAUUUGAUGUCUCUUUCCAUCGCUAGUAUUAUUGAGGCAGUUGCCAUAACUUUUUGUGUAUUAACUUGUGUUGGUUUUGUACACUGUAAUAUUGCAAGUAUCCAUAUUUGUAUCAUUAUUUAUUUAAAAUAUUUAGCCUCGGUUAAGCAUGAACGAAAGAUGUGGAGAAUAGUUUUUGCAAAUGUUAUUUAUAAACAUAAAACUUGACAUAUCUUAGUUUAGUGCCAUCAACUUAAACUAAUGCCGCACUUCAAAAGCCUUAAAUAUGACAGAGGUUAAUUUCAUGAAUUCAUUUAUCUAAGAAAAGUUAACUCAUUCAGGCUGAAAUUGGAAACGCAGCUAUUGAUAAGUCAAAGGGCACAACAGUAACCGGACUCUUUUCUGUGGUCUUGAUUCUGAAAGUUACUGUUCAUAAGAAAAAUGAGUUACAAACCAAACCAAGAGAUGGAUCAUUUUAUCCCAUGAAGCACUGCAAAUGACAUAAAUCAUAGCUGACGCUACAAUAUAAAACUUUUAUUGACUAUAACAUUUUGCAUGAUUGCAAUGGGCAGAGGCUUUUAUCCAAAACGAUUAGCAGUAAAUUCAAUCUACACAUUUUUAUGAGUUUGUGCGUUGCUUGGGAAUUGAACUCACGAAUAUAACAUAAAAAGUCGUAAAAUGCAAUAUAUUUGAAUGUAUUUGAAGUUUAUUGCAAAAGAUUUAAAUACACAAAGGUGUUUAGGAGUGUGGGAAGACUCGACCCAUUGUUAUUUGCAUUGCAUCAUGGGAUUUCCCUAUUUUACCUUAACAGCAUCAAAUAUGAUUUAUGACUCUCUAAUUAUUAUUUUUUAAAUGAAGUUGUAAAUCACAUAGCAUUAUAUAUACGUGAAGUAUUGUAGGUCUGUGUUAAAAGUUCAAACAUUACCGGCGAAACAACUGCAAAAAAUACAAAUUAAUUAUUUUCUUCUGGAAUACUGUUGUGCCCUGUUGUUCCAUUGGUGUUAGGAACACAAUUUCAAAUGUUGGUUACUGGUUGGUCAAAGUGAAUUAUGCACUUAUUUGUGUUACAUUUUUGCCAAAUUUUGCCUGAGAAUAUGGGUCCCAUGUACUAGGUAUUUUAAGCUUCAUUUGUCAAAUAUGCAGAAUCUAAAAUUAUUCUGAACCUGCAUAUAAACACUAUUGAAUAAAAUAUUCAUGUAUCGUAUUAAAACAUUAAUUCACAGUACAAUGGGACCAAACAGCCUUACUGAGUUCUUAUCAAUGCUGAUUUGGAAAAAAAACAUAUUAUAAUAUUUACAAAGUUAUAUGUUGUACUAUUUUAAAGCACUAUGUAAUACCUAUGUUUUAUGCAUUAAUAUGCUGUAAUUAAAUAGCAUGAAACGAAUUAGAAAUAAAAGAGAA